AGUUUUUUGUCCAGUAUCAGUGCAGUGCCAUUACUACAGUAUUAGGCAAGGACCGUCGUCUGCAAGAAUGGAUGGCAAGGGGAUGGAGAAACUGUCCGGUGCGGUUGGGGAUUCGACGGAGCACGGCCUGAGGCAGUAUUCCACCGGACCGCUUUUAUCGUCCCCUGUAUGCGGCAGCGAACUCUCCCCGCCGUCGGAACCCCUGGAUAAACAGCGCCAGCUCGAAGCGGAAGUUGUGGACUUGUUGACCCAUCAUGAACUGGCCAGAACCGACGAGACAGUAGACGGUGUCUUAGUUUACUGUGCCAAGUACACCUUUCAGAAGAAUCCACAGAAAUUGCGAUCGUUGGCGUGGAACGAUUACGGUCAGGGGAAACUGGACGGGAUGGGUGUGGCACGGACUGGCCACGCGCUUUCCCCGCUGCCAGUGUGGUUGGAGAACGGCGUCGGACUGGAAGUGUUCUUUAAGGAAAGAGUUGCGACACAAGAAAAUGACUUUACUCGUGGCUAUUCUAAGCCUGGUUUCGAAAUUCCAUGGGAAGCCAGAAUCCAGCUAAGCCGCGUGCCGGACCAGUGCAGCCUGACGGAUGUGCAGCUGGGUUUCGCUCAUGUCGAUCAUCUCGAAAAUCCCACCGCCACGGUGGAAAUUUGGGAAACUCAUGCCACCAACUUGUCCCACAUCAACAGCAAACUGGCGAGUAUUGACAGUCAGACCUUCUCGGAAUGCGGCCAGGAUCUGGGUAUCUUCCGUGAAGCCUACUGUAUCGUUACCAUGCGGGUGCCGCUGCGGCGCUUGCUGGGAGACAAGCUCCACGCAUUCCGGCAGACCUUCCCGGACCGUCUGGCGUGCUCCUACGACUUGGGCCAUACGGGAACGGAUACUGUGACACUGAAAACGCGAGAUGGCAAGAUAGAAUCCCAUCGAGAAAUCCUGGUUGACCUUUCUCCCAAAACUCGGGCUAUUUUCGGAGAGAGACCGCUUGGAAAAGUUAUCUUCUACGAACUGGACUGUAGACUGGAUGCCGCCUUGGCGGUUCUGGAUGCGGCCGUAGCCAAGCACGAAUCCCUGCCCAUCGAUCCGCACCGAGCGUCUCCGUUUUUCCUGUACGAGGCGAUGAAGUUGGCGUUGAGUUGGGAGAUUCCGCAGCUGACCCUGUGGACGCAGGUGGCGUUUCUGGAGCGCUUGUGCCGUCCGGACGAUGGCAUUCUCGAAGCGGUCCCCGUCCUGGAUGCCGUCCGUGUUAUCCGUGACCACGCCGAUGCCCAGGCGGUGGGCGGCCGGAUGAUACUGUGCGGACUGGUCAUGGUGCUACGCAACCUACAUUCUCCGGCCCUGGGAUGGGAGCUGGACGAGCUGAAAAAUAUCAUUGCCCGGAAGCCGGCGUUGUGGAAGAACGUUAUUUACCCGACGCGGUUGGAGAAUGAUUGUGACCUUACCGUUGAAAUCAAUCCUGGUAGAAAAAUUUAUUUUAGCGUUAAUUUGGCUUACUGGGUGCGCCAGUUGAAAGUACAGAUUCAGGAGAUCGAAGAGCUUCCCAUGGAUCAGCAGCGACUGGUAUUUGACGGCCAAAUCAUGGAAGACGAGCGUACCUUGGCGGACUGCGGCAUUGGCCACCGUGAUUCGGUGCAGUUGCUCCGCGACUGCAACUGACCAAAACGUGAAGCAGAAGAUGUGAGCCGAACUGAAGCUGCAAUUGUCAACCACGGGUUGGCAGAUUGCGUAUA